UCACAAUAACAAUACUGGUAGCACUACAGUACUUUUUCCAUGUUAAAUUAUUUAAGACAAAAAUUAUUUAUAAAAAUGAUAAUCCAGAUAAAAAAAAACUCACAUUAUAUAAAGGUUAAACAAUUUAUUGGAAGCAUUUAAUGUUGACAUUCACGUACAGUAUGUCUCUCUCUCUCUCUCUCUCUCUCUCUCUCUCUCUCUCCGCCUUUCAAAAACAUAUCAAUUAACCAAUAAUUAUGUGACUUAUUUAGCCAGUCCUUAUUAUUAACAGCUUUCAGCUAUUGUUUUUCUUUUCUUUUUUUAAUUUGUGCCUCAUUAACGCUGAUGAGUGAAACUCUGGAUGAAUUAUCCAUCUCAUGCUGAAGAAUUUAAUGAAACUGGUUCUGCCUCUGUCAUGAAACAUGAUCGUCCUUUAACAGCUCUGAGGAGGCUUAUCAGCACUUCUUGCACCUGAUGAGAAGAAUAAAAGCUGUGUGCGGGCUGGAGCCAAGGUGAUGUCUACAGUAACUGAGCUGUGCGCACUAUUGAUCCAUUGCCAUUUAUAUUUAUGCAGAGUGGAGUGAACUCAUGGCAAGAGACCAGAGCUCUCACAGUCACCUCUAGAAAUAGCAGUAAUAAUAAUGCAUCAGAGCCGGUCAUUCCAGUGCGUCAAAGGAGGAUGUUAUAGUAUAUUGUCACUGCCGUUGAUGUGUCUUUGUUCUCUUGGCAGGUGUGUGCUUGAUAUUGACAAAAAAAGGACAGAGUGGAAAAAAAGAAAGAAAAAAAACACAGCAAGUUGGAUAGUGUAACCUUUAUGAUGUCUGAAAUGCCCAUAGUACUCAAAUAGGCACUUAAAGGGACAGUUCACCAUUUUUUUUAUGCCAUGCAUUUAAAAAAAAAAAAUGUUCCAUGAACCACAAAAGGAGAUAUUUUGUGUAAUGUUCAAGCUGCUCAUCCAUAUGGUGGAAACAACAACCAACCUCCAGAAAAAUGCACAAUUUAAAAUAAAUAAAUAAAAAAGUCCAUGCUGUGUGUGCUUCUUAAGUGAAUCAGUAUUAUUUCUAUACUAUUAUAGUGUUUAUUAAUAUUUCGGCUUUUAUUUUCAGUUCACAAUUUUGUGAUUUUUAUAUAUUUCUGUAUAGCUUUAGAUUGACUUAUUUUUUUUAUUUUAUUUUUUUUAAGUGCUUCAACUUUCAAUGAUUUUUGAAUAGACUGAGUUAACAGUAACAACAUUAAAAUAAAUGUUGUGGGUUCAGUACAAGUUAAGCUUAAUCAACAGCACUUGUGGCAUGGCGUUGAUUACCAAAAAAAAAAUUCCACAUGUCCCUCAGUUUCUUAAAAAAAAAAAAAUCUGGGUUACAUGAGGCACUUAUGGUGGAAGGGAAUGGGGUCAAUCUGUAUAUGUUAAAAUAAUGUUGUUAAUGUUUUAAUUGUGUAGCGACACAAUGUUGUUAUAUGAAUGUUUGAAUAUUCAACUUUUCAACCAAUUUAUUGCCAUGACAAGCUUUUAUCAUAAUAUGUACGAAUAAAUGUCAGUUUCACAUUUCUGCUUUUGAAUCCACCAAAUAUUGCAUUUAAUUGUAAGUGACUCACGUUGUAAGUGCCUUUCAGUUAAAAAAAAAAAAGAAAGAAAAUGAGACGAAUACAAUUCCUGAUUGAAGUAAUUAACCCUAAUGCCAUGAAUGCUUGAGAUUGAGCAUCAUUUGCUAAAUCAACUUUUAAAUAUUCCACUUAUUUGGCACACAUAUCUGAACUACUAUUGCAUGUACUUUGCUCUUACUAAUAGACUAAUUCUUCAACCAGUUCCUCUUUAUUUGCACAUAACACAGUGAUUCCCUGACGGCUAGACAGAAACAAUUCUUAUCAUCCAAUGUCACACAAAGCAAUCGUUCUGCUUUGAUGCUGCUCUGUGCAGCUGAGCUUGCGUGUCUGUGUGGUACAGUGAUGACCGGGCUGUCAGCAGUGGCUGGUCUGUUCAGGUUGCUGAGAAGGUCAAUAGAGGUUUGACAGGAGGGAAUCAAUCGCUUGGCUGACAGCAAGGCCAGUAAAUGGGGGACAUGUAAACACUGUACCAAGCACUGGGCUUUACCACAGAAGUCUUAAUGCGAGGUUGUCUGGAUGACUGAGCACUUGUGUCUUCUAUUGUGGCUCAAGAGCGGUCUUAUCUCAAAGUAUAUAUUAAUAUUUCAUAAUGGCCUUUCCAUUAGAGUGCAGAAUAUCAGCCUUUUAGCAAUGUGCGCUGCACUCUCAUGGAGUUACGCUGAUAAAACCUUUGGAGUUUCCAAGUAUGAAAUGCAAUUUUUAUCAAGUGUUAUUUGUAUCACCUCUCACUAUCUCUGUUUUUUUAUUUUAAAUUAACAAUAGACAAAACUAUGUCUGUUAAAACAGCAUUGUUCAAUGUCACAAAAGUAAAAACAAUAAUGCAAUCAGAAAUGGAAACGGUAAGAACGGGUGAUUCAUCAAAAGUGACACUGAAUACUUUUUACAUUGUUACAAAAAUGUGUUGCAAAUAAAUGCUAUUCUUUCUUUAAAACUUGAUAUUCAUCAAAGAAUCCUCAAAAAUAAAUGCAUCAUACUAUCUACAAAAAUCCUAAUCAGGACAACAGAAAUUCCCAUGGAUGCUGUUUUUGACCAGUCUCUUUCUCAUUGUUGAGUCAUGAACACUGAUCUUAAUUGAGGGAAGUGAGGCCUGCAGUUCUUUUGAUGUUGUUCCUGGUUCUUCUGUGACCUCCCGGAUGAGUCGUCGUUGAGCUCUUGGAGUAAUUUUGUACAUGAGUACCACAUUAGCACUGGCAUCGGCAGCAAGGCUCAGAAGUAGCUUUCUCUGUGGACCCUGACAGACGGUGUGGAGUGUGGACAGUGAGACUGCCAGACAGAAGCCUAUUAACUUCACACGUCAAAAUCAAAAAGGAAGAUGGUGAACAUGGCAAACACGAUGACCCCUGAGCCCCUUACGGCCCUCUCUCGAUGGUACUUGUAUGCCAUCCACGGUUACUUCUGUGAAGUCAUGUUCACGGCCGCCUGGGAGUUUGUGGUGAACUGUAACUGGAAGUUUCCCGGCGUGACGAGCGUGUGGGCGCUCUUCAUCUACGGAACCUGCAUCCUGAUCGUAGAGCGCAUGUACCUUUGUCUACGGGACCGCUGCAAUGUGCUGCUCCGCUGCAUCAUUUACACACUGUGGACGUACCUGUGGGAGUUUGGCACGGGUUUGCUGCUACAGCAGUUCAAUGCCUGUCCAUGGGACUACUCCGAGUUUAAAUAUAACUUCAUGGGCCUGAUCACGGCAGAGUACGCUGUGCCUUGGUUCUGCGCCUCCUUUAUCGUAGAACGCCUAGUGAUCCGCAACACGCUCCGGUUGCGCUUCGACGAGGCCGUCGAUCCCAGCCAGGCUCAAGAGUGUUUGGACAGAGGCGGCGGAGGACGAAGAGCACGAGGGGCCACCAGCACAAACGGCUACGUGAAGGUGGAUUGAGGAUGAUGUCAACACCCAUCCCCAUCUCAAAGCUCCCGUCACCCAUGACUCUCUCCGCACAUCUCUCAAUCUCUCUCCCAGCUGCUCUUCUCCCAGGGAAAGAGUCGCUCAGACACAACUGGAGCAGCUCCAGCAGAGACAGUAGCACAACUGUGAAGAACUUUCUGAUUUAUUGUUCAACUGGCGUUCUUCGCUCUUGUGAAGGAACGUUCAUUUGCCAUCUCAGUGCUCUACGUUUACUGCCCUUGCUUUGGCCGAGUAGCUGUUAAGUAAAAGGUUUGUCUGGCUGAUGGCAAAAUGAGAAUUAACCCUCCAUCUCUACCACCAUACUGCACCUCCCAAACCAGUCUAUCCACUCCAACCCUCCGGGAGGGGACAAACAAAAUGACUCGUGUUCCUUCGUCCAAAAAAACAGGAACACAAACACAUCACUUGUAGAGAGUCAAAAAGAUAUUUAUAACCACCCCCCCUCAAAAUAAAGUCCUUUUAGAUUAUAAACCGUGUGUAUGAUGUAUAUGUAGUAGCAAAAGCAACUAACUGUUAGGAUAGCUUACCUUUUGAAUGCUAGUUUGUGUUAUUUAUUAAUAUCUAAAAUGUAGUUAAGAAAUGUCAUGAUAAUAUAUAAGAAAUGUAUUGUGUAUAUAUACUGUAUGACCUAAAGCUAUGCCUUGUACUUGAAUUUGGUGUUUUUUUACAUUCUUCAAAAACUCCAGUGCUUGAACAUGCAUGAAAGUUGUCUUCCAGGAGUGAUCUUAAAUGUUGUGUACAAUUUAUUUCAUCCUUCUUUUUUUUUCUGUGGUCAUUUUUCUGAUGGAGAUUUAUAGAGGCCUGGUGCUCAGUACUGAAACCAGAAAAGCAUCACAGUUUCCUGUGUUUUCAGGGGAGAGAAGGAGUUGGUGCGGUAAAUGUGUCGAUGAACUGGUGCUAGAUCCUCAUCGAGUCUUUAAGGGAUCUGAUGAUAGUCACAAUAAAAGCAUCUAGUACAUAGGUUCACUGACCUCAGGUACGUCACUGUUAAUUAUUUCAGCUCCGUCUCUCAUAUGUCAUGAAGUAACGGAUGAAGAUUAUGAGAAAUAUUGUGGCUAAUUAUUUAAAAUGCCAACAACACCUUGGUAUUACCUGCAUGGCUACAAUUUCAGGUUAUGGAUUUGCAAGAAAGUUUUGUUGUAUUGGUUCUGUUGUUCCUGACCAAACAAAAAAUGUAUUAAACCCACACGUUUUUGAACGAA